AUGGAUAAUAAGCAUAUUGGUAAUACAACUGAAGCUAGCAUGGAAGGACUAUUAAAUAACUGUUCUCAGCUAAAUGUAUUCCAUGCAACAAAUAAUUCUUAUUUUACUGAAAAAAAUUUUGAAGAUUUUGUAAAAUUUACCAAUAUAGAAAAUUAUUCACUUUAUCAUGAUCAAUCAAGUGAUUCAGAAUAUUCUGCCAGUAUACCUAGUAUGUAUAUUGAUAGUAAAAAUGUUAAACAAGAAGAUGUAAAAUGUGAAUUAGCCUUUGCAUCUUAUGAAAAGGAUGUCAAUGUUUCUGAAUCAAAUUUGCAGGAAUUUACAAAUACAAAAUUAGUUGAAGAUAAAAUUGUAAGUAUGCAGACAAGUUUUUCGUCAACUAAAUUUCCAAUAAUGAAAUUAUUAAAACCAAAAUCAAGACCACAUAUUUGCCUUGAAUGCUGUUUUAAGUGUAAUAACGUUUUUCGUGUACUUGACAGUCCUUCACAUAUAAUUCGGAUACGAAGUAUUGACAAGAAAAAAGAAUUUUUCAAAAUUGAGCCCUCAUUAUGUGAUGAUUCAUGCCUUUGUGAUUUAUGCUGGAAAGACCUGGAAAAAACUUAUAAAUCCAUUAAAUCUAAUAAUAGAAAAAAAGAAACAUAUUCAGAAAAAAAGUCUAGAUUGUUAGAACGCUAUGCGAAAAAAAAUGUUUCAAAAAAUCGAAAUCAAGCUAGGAGAUGUUCAAUACAUUUAUGCUCUCGAUCUUAUUGUCAGAAAAUGACUGUAAAUGAGUAUGAAAAUAUAAAAAAAUUAUUUUUAACUGUUGAAUCUUGUCAUUUAGUUUUCGUUCAAUCUACAAAACAAACUAAAGACUUUUUGAAAUUUCCCUUACGUCUUUGUAAAAUUCAUAGAGAUAUGAUCUUGGUGAUGUCAACAUGUCAAAUCUGCGGUGACAAACUAAAUCCACCAUUUAACACUGAUGACUGGUCAAUGUACGAAAUAUGGAAUUUUGUAUUGAUUGAAAACCAUCUUCCUUUAAUAUUGAAACCACCUAUGUUUAUAUGUGUGACUUGUAAAGGAUACAUUUCUAAAACAAAUCCAGGUUUCCCAACUACUGAUUUGCCAUGUUUACAAGAAUAUAUCCUUAAAAGCAACUCAAUUCGUUUAAAAUUAUAUGGAGAAUUACAGUAUGACUUGUUGAAUAUAUGUCAAGGAUCAACAAAUUUGGGAUCUCCCAUUGUUUUUCCCAUUACCGAAAAUAAAAAAAAUUGUGUACGUUUGACGAAAGUUAAGUUUUCUGAUCCUUUAAUAACUAUAAUUAAUAAUUAUGAAAUUGGCUGUUAUAAAAAUGAUGCAAAAUCAAUAACUAGCACUUCAAUAUUAUUAAAUAAAGCUGAACCAAAUCUGUGUACACCUAAAUUAGAAAUAAAAGAUGAAGGACUUUAUAAAGUAGAACCUGAAGACGAAUAUUCUAAGACAUAUUAUGAUAAUUCACUCCAAAAUUUAUGUCAAGUUGACAAUGUAGAAAAAGUUGAAAACGAGUUAGAAGUAAUGAUUAUUAGUUCCUGUCAAGCUGUGAGUGAACACAAUGAAAUAGAAAAUAAUCAAAGCAAGCUAAAUUCUCAUGCUAUAUGUAGUGUUGCGCAAAAUAGAAGUAGCAUAUAUUAUCUAAAGGAAUGUAAUCAAAAUCAAAGUAUAUACGAAAUAAAUACAAUUCCUAAAACGGUUUAUUUGGACGAUACUAACAAUAGUAUGAAUUCAUUUAUUGUAGCAGUGGAACCACCUGAUGCAAUACUUAAUUCUGUUGCAAUAAAAAGAAAACAAAGCAAUGUUAUAUGCGAUACAAUUUCUAAUAAACAUGUGAACAAACAAAGAAAAAAUGAAAAAUACAGUUUCAAUGAAAAAAAAUUCACAGAUGACAAUACUACCAUAUUCUACAAAAAUAAAAAUAUUGCUCAUUCAAGUAUAAAUCUACAAAGUACUUUGAAAAUGACUUACAAUUAUAAAAAUAAAUAUGACUAUAAUUCUGAUAUAUCAGAUUCUAAAAUGUUUUCUGAAACUAACAGUGAAGAAAUUAUACCAGAUUGUGGAAAAGAAAAAACAGAUUAUAUAAUAGGGGCCUCAUAUGAUGAUUUGAGUUUAGAUUAUCACUGUGAAUUAAUUAAGUCUAAAUUUGAAACAAAACCAGCUUAUGAAAUAGAAAUGGAUAAAAAUGAUACAAAAUUAAUAACUAGCACUUCAUUAUUAUUAAAUAAAGCUGAACCAAAUCUGUGUACACCUAAAUUAGAAAUAAAAGAUGAAGGACUUUAUAUUGUAGAACCUGAAGAAGAAUAUUUUAAGACAUAUGAUAAUUAA